AUCUCUCUUCUCUCUCUCUAUUGUCUCCUCUCGAGCUCUGAAAGUCAUCUCUAAUGGCGGUAGAUCUGGUUAGCUAUCAGCAUAUGAAUGACCAUACGGCUGUCCAAGAAGCUGCCUCAGCCGGUUUGAAGAGCAUGGAGCAUCUGAUUCGAAUCUUUCAAUCUCAGCAGCACAAUCAGCUCGAUUGCAGAGGCCUCACCGAUUACACCGUUUCUAAAUUCAAAAAUGUCGUUUCCAUCUUGAACCGGACCGGUCAUGCCCGGUUCCGUCGAGGUCCUUCCAAUCCGUCCUCGUCGCCUUCAUCAUCUUCAUCUUCUCUAUCAGAUUCUCCGGUCCUACUGCCGGUUCUUUCUGAAACCCCGGUUCAGAGCCUGACGCUUGAUUUUACAAAACCUAUGGUAAUGAAAUCCAACUCCAACAGAAACCCUAACCCUACCGAGUCAAGACCGAGUCAGAUCUGUAAGGAAUCUUUCAGCAUCUCUCCUCCAAUGUCGUCCACGAGCUCUUCAUUGAUCUCCGGAGAUGGUAGCGUUGCGAAUGGAAAACAGGUGUCCUCCGCCGUCUUAGCUCCGAAACCGGUUAUUUCCACCGGAAAACCGCCUCUUCCAUCAUCUUACCGGAAAAGAUGCCUCGAGCAUACCGUCUCCGACCAAUUAGCCGGGAACGGAGGUUGCCACUGCUCCAAGAGAAGGAAAUCUCGACUGAAAAGCGUGAUAAGAGUGCCGGCGAUUAGUUCAAAGGUGGCAGAUAUUCCCGCCGACGAGUAUUCAUGGCGGAAAUACGGUCAAAAGCCGAUCAAGGGUUCUCCAUACCCACGAGGGUACUACAGAUGUAGUGGCAUGAGAGGAUGCCCAGCGAGGAAACACGUGGAGAGGGCGAAGGAUGAUCCAACGUUUCUGAUUGUAACUUACGAAGGAGAGCACCAACACUCUCACACGCCGGUGACCGAAAGGGUGACAGGUCGUCCUGCUCCAGUUUUCCAGUCAAAAUGACUUAAGUCAGAUGGGGGCCCACCCUUUAACGUUUUUUGAUCAGGAACCAUUGAAAUUUGUGUAACAUAGAAUGGUGUGAUGAUGCAUGUGGGGGUGACAGGACUUUGUAUUGUAAAUUGAAAGGGGAAGGAAAAUCCAUAUUGAAGAUAAGCUGUAUGUGGAUGCGAUUUUGUUAUGUAAUCAUAAUUUUGUUCUUUCUUUUAUAGUCAAUUUAAUAAUUGACGUAGUAACUUUGACUAAAACUGAAUUUGAUUUGGAUUAUAAAUAAAAAUGUCGAAUA